GACUAUAUCGGAAGCAGGAAGUGUUUUUCGGUGGCAUGGCUGAUGUUCCAAUAAACGCACCCCAGCAUUGCCCAGGUACUGGCAGUACUGAGGCUGGCAAGAGCUCUGCCUGCCAGGGAUGCCCGAAUCAAUCAAUAUGCGCGUCAGGAACUAUGUCAGGACCAGACCCAGCUAUAGAAGAAAUAAAAGAAAAAUUGUCAUCAGUUAAACACAAGAUAUUGGUCCUCUCUGGAAAGGGCGGUGUGGGCAAGAGUACAUUUAGUGCCCACCUGGCACAUGGUUUGGCACAGGAUGAGAGCAAAGAGGUGGCUUUGCUUGAUGUGGACAUCUGUGGACCAUCAAUUCCAAAAAUGAUGGGCUUGGAAGGAGAACAGGUUCACCAAAGUGGCUCAGGAUGGUCACCAGUGUAUGUAGAAGAUAACCUGGCUGUAAUGUCUGUUGGAUUCUUGCUUAGCAGUCCUGAUGAUGCUGUCAUAUGGAGAGGUCCUAAAAAAAAUGGAAUGAUCAAACAGUUUUUGCGAGAUGUAGACUGGGGGGAGGUGGAUUAUCUGAUAAUAGAUACCCCCCCUGGUACAUCAGAUGAGCACCUCUCUGUGGUACAGUAUCUCAGUGUGGCGGGAAUUGAUGGAGCAGUAAUCAUUACUACCCCUCAAGAGGUCUCACUUCAGGAUGUCCGAAAAGAAAUCAACUUCUGUCACAAAGUGAAACUUCCCAUUAUAGGUGUAGUGGAAAAUAUGAGUGGGUUUAUUUGUCCUAAAUGUAAGAAUGAAUCUCAGAUAUUUCCACCAACUACUGGGGGAGCAGAGAAGAUGUGCACUGAUCUCAAUGUUUCUCUUCUGGGCAAAGUCCCCUUAGAUCCAAACAUAGGAAAGAGCUGUGACACAGGGAAAUCAUUUUUCUCUGAAAUUCCAGAUUCGCCAGCAACAUUAUCCUACAGAACAAUAAUCCAGAGAAUUCAAGACUAUUGUGAGAAAAAAAAAGUGACUUGCUUUUCCUAAUGGUACAGAGAAGUCCCUGCUAAGCAGUUUGAACUUUGCCACAGAUUACGGAUUUUUACAUUUUACCAUUACCUUAAGAGGAACAUCAGCUUUACCAAGCCACUGCUGCCAGUUAAUUGAUAUCUCAGCCAGUAAAUUAAAGUAUUUAUUCUCAGAUUUAUUCCCUUUUCCUUCAUCUUGUUGGCUAGAGCGUUUAACUGAUUAUGCUAAUUGGUAACAUGCAAGUUGUGUGUGGCAUGGAGUUAGUUGCAGGGCACAAGCCCAAGGCAACCAGACAAGUAAAACAUAAUAAUAUGUAAUUAGAAGCUCUAACUUUACUUUAUAAAAAAAAAUUCUAAAUAUAUCUGUUUUACACUAUUUUUGAUCUUAUAUAGUAUACUUUUAAAAUGUUGUUGCAGUAGGGUAUGAUUUUGAAAUAAACAAUUGAUGGACUAAA